AUGAUGAUGGACAACGGGGUGAUAACAAAUAACUAUGAGUACGGCGACGGGUACAUGGAACAGGAGGAGGAGUGGGAGCGAGAGGGUCUCUUAGACCCGGCUUGGGAGAAACAACAAAAAAAGGAUAUAAACAAAGAGCCUGCGACAACCGGUGCAUUGCCCGAUCAUGUAUGCCGGGUCAAUGUCGCGGCCGCAGAACUUGAGAUGCGUCUGAGUGGAAAAGUCACCAGACUAGUCGCGUUAACUGCAAAACGUACGCUGGAAUCAGCCUUCCGCAAGGAGGUCACUGUUACGAAGACAAUUGUAGCUUCCUAG